AUGUUCUAUGCAUCUCUACCUCAACAUUGCGAGCCGUCAUCCGCAUUCUUGGCCUCUCUGUCUUCGUAUCUGCAUAUUUGCCUGCCUACGCCUCUUGCCCUCGUGUCCUCCGUGCUUGGGACCCUCAGCAUCGUUUCAUGGCUUUUCGCACAGCUACCCCAAAUAUACAAAAACUACCAGCUACAGUCGACGUCAGGGUUAUCUCUGUUCUUCCUGGUAGAAUGGUGUCUGGGCGACACGAGUAACCUCUUGGGUGCCCUGCUCACACGCCAGGCCGGUUGGCAAGUAGUCAUUGCCGCAUACUACGUAUGUGUCGACGUGACCCUCGUCUUCCAAUAUUUCUGGUACACACAUUACAAAGGGCGUGGGGAUGAUUAUUGCCAUCUGUCUUACUCUCAUCAUCAUGAUGACGAGACUGGGAGCGUCUUAGAAGGAGUGUCUUUCAGUGAGAAUAAUACCUUUACCUGUGAACCUGCCUCAGCGGCACCGCCCCGGUCCGAUACCAAGGACAUGACAGAUUUGAAGAGCUCGUCCCUUAGUUUGACAGACGGCGAGUCACAGUCUUACUCCAACGAGAAACUGAGGACCUCCCGUCGAUCGGUGACCCGAACUAGCCGCGGCCACAGUUUCCUCCCAGCAUCGGCCACUCGCACUGUGUUAUUAGCGUCAAUGCUUUGUGCUGUUGUAGCCAAUGCAUCUCCGACAGGGUUGGACUCCGAGUCCCCGACCAACGAAAAUACAACUGAAAUCUUCGGCCGGAUCAUCUCGUGGAUGUCAACGGUGCUCUAUCUCGGCUCCCGGCCGCCUCAGCUAUACAAAAACUACCGCCGCAAGAGCACAUCGGGACUAUCACCACUCCUCUUCAUGGCUGCAUUCGGCGGCAACUUCUUCUACUCCGCGUCUCUUCUGACAAACCCGAACGCUUGGUACGAUUUCCCCCCCUAUGGAGGGGGCGGAUGGGCCGAUGCCGAUGGCAACAGCCGUCUCGAAUGGGUCGGCCUUGCCAUUCCUUUCUUCCUCGGCGCAUUUGGUGUGCUCGGCCUCGACGGUUUCAUGGGCGUUCAAUUCCUCAUGUAUGGAUCCGACGACGGAGAAUCCAUUAUAGAAGUGGAAGAUCCAAAAGGCGGACGCAGUCACUUGGCCCGCGUCCGUGGCUGGAUGAGGGGCUGGAUCCCCUCUGUUUCCCCCGAACGGGAAAUCACAUCGGAAGAACGACGAGCCCUUCUCAACGAAGAGCGAGAAAGAUACGGCUCAGUUUGA